AUGUCCAAAGAAAUCAGAUCCCCAAGACCCUAUACCUCCGAAGCAGAAUGUCUGCAGUACCAUUCCCAACUAUUCAGCACCUUCGCCGCCGGAAAAACUAAAAGCAUCGAAUGGCGAAAAUGGCAACUCAAGCAAAUGUGGUGGAUGCUAGUCGACAACGAGAAAGCCAUCGCCGAAGCACUAGCAGCUGAUCUCGGACGCCACGAGUUUGAGGCCCUGACAUCAGAUCUUCAUGGCUUGAAAACAGAUAUCCUCGAACAUCUCAACCAUGUGGAGGAAUGGGCAGCUGAUGAGCCAGUUACUUCAGCUGGAUUCCUUAUGGGAACAUUAGGAAAAGCGCGCAUUCGAAAAGAGCCUCUCGGUGUCGUUUUGGUCAUCGGGGCAUGGAAUUUUCCCUUCCUGCUUACGUUACAACCUGUCAUUGCCGCUAUAACUGCCGGUUGUUGCGUCGUUGUCAAACCAUCUGAGCUAUCGGUUGCUUCUCAGAAUCUCAUGCAAGAUCUUGUAGGGCGGUACCUCGACCCAGAAGCCAUUAGGCUCGUCACAGGAGGACCGCAGGAAACAACAAAACUUCUUGAACUUAAGUUUAAUCACAUCUUCUUCACCGGUUCAACAAGGGUCGCAAAAUUUGUUGCUGCAGCUGCAGCAAAACAUCUCACCCCUACGGUUUUGGAGCUAGGUGGUCAGGGACCAGCUAUAGUGACUGCCAAAGCUGACGUUGAUCUGGCGGCUAAGCGUAUUGCCUACGCCAAAUUUCUAAAUGCUGGACAGAUUUGCCUGUCGGUGAAUCACGUUUUUGUCGAUCCAGAGGUUCAUAAUACUUUUGUGCAGAGAUUACAUCACUGGACACAGCGGUUCUCUGGGGGCGAGUCGAGCCAUAUGUGCAAGAUUGUCAAUAAGCGCAACUUUGAGCGCUUGUCAGGCUUGCUGGAGGAGACUUCGGGGAAUGUGUUUCAAGUUUCUGGCAAUGGAGGGGGAAAUAUGCUGAGACCGACUGUUGUUACCGACGUGGGCAUAAAUGACUCGCUUCUAAGUGAGGAGUUGUUCGGUCCCAUUUGCCCAGUCCUCAAAGCGACGUAUAAAGAUGCAGUUCGCCAGACCAGUAGUGGUCCUCACCCUCUCGCAAUCUACAUCUUCAGUUCAGACCGCUCAGAGAUCGACUAUAUCCUGAAGAAUACCAUAUCAGGCGGUGUCACCAUCAACGAUGUUCUAAUGCAUUACGGCGUACCCGGCGCUCCAUUCGGCGGUGUAGGUGAUUCCGGUCAAGGCUACUAUCACGGCAAAUACGGUUUCAUGGCGUUUACCCAUCAGAGGACCAUCUUGGAAAUGCCGACUUGGAUGGAUAAGCUUAUGGCAUUUCGAUAUCCCCCUUUCGACAUGAAAAACAUGAGCAACUUUGUGGUUAAGAACAACCUGGGUUUCCAUCGAGGAGAGACAAUGGAGGAUCAGGUGGUCGGGGGUGAUCGAUCUUGGCUUUGGGCAGGAAUUGGGGUCUUGGUCGCUUCUGCGAUUGGCAUUGCUGUGAGGAACCGUCAGAGUAUUCAAGGAAUACUUUUGUAA